UUUUCGCUCACCGGCCUUGCUGCCAUCUACCCCCACUCCUUUGUUGAGGGAUUUAGUAACACAGAACGCCAGGCAGCAGUACAUGCACUGCUCAGACACGACGCCCAUAUCAAUGGCACUCAUUUUCAUAUGAGAAAACGCGGUGGUCUUCAUCCUUCCUACAUCGCUUUUAACUCGUACACAUUGGCAGAUGAGAAGUCUAUUACACAUGAGGAGCUUCUUGAGGCAGUGCUGCAGGACAUCUUUGAUGCAAUUGUGAUGCAAGACCGGCUCGAUGGAGGGAUUUCUCUUCUUAUUCAUUGCCACGGCUCUGAAGCCACAACAGCACUCUCGCCAGAACAUAUCUCUCUGGAUCUUUACAUUACACCUUGCGAAUUGUGUAAAACUCCGGAGCGCCUGGGUGGAGACGUAUCAGUGUUGGUGCAGGCCUUUGGGGAA